CUUUUGACAAUUAAUACCAUCCACUCCUAAAACUUCAUAUCUAUCUUACACAGCUCCGAUCUCAAACCUGAAAAUAUCCUCGUUCUCAACUUCUUGUAUUAAAUACAUCGUUUUAUUAAUAGACGAGGCAUUUUAAUUAUUCAUUCACAAGCAAAAGCAAGCAAGCAAGCCAUCAUCUCGACAUUUCUGUAUUACGAAGUCAACCUGAAAGUCCUAACAAAAAUAAUUCACACGAUGGCCGCUUCAGUAACUCAAAACCCAGCUUCCAGGCCAGAAUCUAAGUCUGCGAAGAAGAAGAAGGCCAAGACCGAAGCUGUCGAGGUUCAAAAGUCCGCCGAACCAACAGCAGUCAUAGAGAAGGCCCCCUCCAACAGUGCUGAGGAGAGCACCAAUGGCGAUGGAACAUACGAAAGUCCAUAUAUCAAGGAGCUUUACAAGUAAGAACAUUUACUUUCGAACUACUACAUCAAUCUAACAUUGGUGUUUUUGUCACCUUUUCUUGUGAGGGGUAGGUAGCUGACAACUCAUUUCAGGAAUAUUCGUAAUGUCAACAAGAAGAUCGUAAGUAAAGAUUAUCUGCGGAGGAUCGCCUUGAGACAAAUUGCUAAUAUUGCACAGACAAACGCUUCCAAAGUCGACAAUGUCCUCGCCGAAAACCCUGGCAAGAGCUUGGACGAGUUGGUAGCUACUCGCAAAAUCAACGCUGAUCAAAAGGCACAAAUCUUGAAGAAGCCAUCUCUCCAGGCAUCUUUGGCCCAGCUUGAGGAGCAAAUCGCACAAUACAAGAAGUUCGACCAAGAAUACAAGACUAAGCUCCAGGUAGAGAAGGCUGAAUUCGAGAAGACUUUCAGCGAGCGUGCAAGUACAGAACUCGAAGAGAAGGUCAACGCUGCUAAGGAAUCAGUUGCCAAGGAGAAGGCUGAGGAACAGGAGGCCAAUUUAUUACUCAUUACUAAAUUCCUCUGUCUUGCUGCUUUGCGCCGAAGCCCGGAAAAUGAUCCAAACCUUGAUGAGAACAAGGGCAUUGAAGGUCUUCUCACCCAAGUCUACAGUGGUGAUGAGGCUGCUGUAGCUGCCAUGACGAAGAUUAUCCAAGGUUCUGAGGAGAUCUGUUCCUCCGUCAACGGCGAGGAACUUACUACGACUUGUAAGAGCGCGUGCUAUUAAAGUUAUUACAACUUACUAACUAGUUGUUAGAUGCCGAUAUCAAGGCUAUUGCCCUUGCGCUACCAACAUCAUCUGCCGCCGGCGAAUAUAUCGAGACCGCUGAUGAAGAGACAACUCAAACCGAAGUCGCCGAGUAUCCUGUUCAAAGUGACCCUACUAUCGCCAACGCCGGUUUGACCGAAAUCGAUGACCCUGUGACAACUGCAAUGACCAAUGGACACCAAGAACCAAGUUUCGAAGAAGCUCAAAAACUCCCUCAAAACUCCGCUUUUGGAGAAGGAGGAAAUGCUGCGGCAGAGGCAAAUUGGGACAACAACAACGAUUUAUCUACGUCGCAAGAGUGGGUUGAGGUUCCUCGCGAAGCUACUGAGACUGAGACCGGCGUUACUGCUACUCCUGCUGCCGCUCCUAAUACUCAAAGCUGGGCCGAUGAACAACCAGAGAGCCCCGGUUCAGUAAGUCGACCCUAAUCUCAUAAGAUAAAUCAUGGAAAUCUUGCUAAUAGCUUUCUUUUAGAAGACUCCCACCGCCCCAGCUACCAACAAUGAUGGCUUCCACGAAGUCAGCCGUAAUCGUGGCCGUGGAGAAUAUCGUGGUAGAGGAGGUAGAGGAUCUCGUGGCUUCAGAGGUGAUGGACAACAUCGAGGAGGGCGUGGUCGAGGUGGUCCACGUGGAGCUCCUCGUGCCCCAAGAGGUGACUCAUCAUAGAUUCACCUUUAGGAAACAGCUCUAGAGUCUCACAACUAGUGAGCUCUUAGGCUUCAGCUGACACAGCUUGUAAUAACCUCAUCCUUUCAUUCAACUUGUUUCUCGCGGCAUGGCAUCACACAAAGGCGAAAUGGGUAAAGUUUUUUUUUUGCAUUUAAUAUUUGCAAUUGCGAAAACGGCACAGGUAGCAUUUGCACGGAUCUGUCAUGUUCUUGAUAUUGGCUGGAUAUGGCCUAGGGCUAUAAUGAUAUGGAAGAGCGGUUACUCUUAUGGCAUUACAUACAACAAAACAUUUCUGUAUUUUGGCCACUGAUUUUUCUUUUUGCGCGCUGUUAUGCAGGCUGCUAGUUCAUACCCCACACAUUGAAAAGUUCGGAUGGUUUGGUCUUUGGUUGCUGAUCUUGGUCUUGGUCUUUUAGGACGGUUAGACUGGAUCGGGACUGAGGGGUUUGCAUCGGAUUGAGGUGUGGUCAAAACGAAAUGAUUGAUACCUAUGAUUUGAUGACGGUUGCAUAUGGGCAUAAUGAAUGAAAAUUACGGAUACAGAUUAUAUGAGAGUGUUUCACACAUAUGGUGAUGAAGUGAUUUUUGAUUGUAUUUGAGAUGUUGGAUUGGGUUUUUUUAAGGUGGCCCAAGAAAUAUAAGUACAGUAAGAGAGCUGUGGAUUAAGGGAUGGAUAUAUAACAUCACUUCUAUGGAACGAACUCUGCAGGAUCGAGGAGGU